AUCUCUGAUCUCUCCACUUCCUCUCCACUUCUCCACAGUCUCCGCCGGCCGGUACAUUUCUUUCUUCCUCUCCGUAAUCCCGACUUACCAACCCGACCCAACGCCGAUCUGAAUCUCUCCUAGAGUCCUCACUCCGACGCCGACGCCGACGCCUCAAGCUUCUCUCCCCUCCGCCGCCUCUCAGGCGCAUCGCCGUUCCAGCUCUUCGCUCAUCGCGACAUCGCAUCCUUGCUGGCCAUCGGUUUUUGAGGAGGCAGACAAGGAAUGAUGAAUGCCGAUACCACCAUAAAUGACGUUUCUGUCCAAGAAAAUACCCUGCCUGGAGGAGAUAGGAUGAAUUUAGUAGGAACCAACAUGGAAAGCCUUACAAGAGUAGAACUCGAACUUGCAUUUGCCUCCGAGAAAUUACUGAAUUUGGAGAUGCUGGUGAUGGAAAUAGCUCGCCGAGCUACUGAUUUUGAGCCUCUUACCUGGGAAAACGAAUCUGUUUCUUCCGAGACUGCUGAAAAUGCUUUCGAGUUGGACCUCUUGUACGGUAUCCUCGAUGCAGAAGUCCAAGAGUUAGAUGACAUGAUUAGUUCUCUUCAGAUUGACGCUAGAAAUGUGGAGCACAAGGUUUAUGAUGAAGAAUCUGGAGGCAAGGUUAAAGCUAAGCUGGAUGCUGCUAUGUCUUCAUUGAAACAGAUGCAGGAUCUAAUUGCUGAUAUCAGAAAGGAGUCUGCAAAGUUCGAGAAAGCCAUUGAGUUUUCCAGCGACCAAGCCGGAAUUACUGAACACGGUGUGUGUGAAAAUGGUCAUAUGUCAUCCGACACUAGUAUGCAGACUGAAGAUCAACGGAGAAAUGUUUUGCAGAUGCUAGAGCAAUCCAUAGCAAGUGAGCUAGAUCUUGAAAAGAAGCUCUCUGAUUCGAGAUAUGUUGUAGAAGAACUUGAAAUGAAGCUUCAUCACCGAAAACAAGAAAUAUAUUUCCUAGAAGAGUUAACAGAAACUAAUUCGGGGAGAUUGUUUGAAGCAGAAAAUGCUUCUGAGUUACUCUUGGGAACUUCUAGGGAACUUAUAAGUAGACUUAAUACCACACAGUUCCAUUUAAGUGCAUCCAUAUCUAGAGAAGAUGAUCUCAACUCCAAGUUAGAAGACAGCUUGAUGGAACUAUCUUUUCUGAAAACAAACCAAGAGACAAGGAUGCAAGAAGAUAGUAAAAAAGUUGCAGCUGAAGAAGCUGUGCAGAAUCAGGCGUUGUUGUCCUUGCAACAUAAAGUGGAUGAACUAGAAAAACAUAUAAGGGAAUCUGAUUCGCAGUUGUUGUUAGCAAAGGCAUCAUCAGAAACAAGUCAGGAAAAGCAGAAUGUGCUGCACACUGAGCUAAGCACACUGGAAACUAUUGUUAAGAAUCUCAAAGAUGAUGUCUUGAGAGCUGAAAAUAGAGCACAAAAUGCUGAGGUAAGGUGCAUGCAGUUAACCAAAGAUAAUAUUGAACUCAGUGGGGAGCUAAGCUCUCUUAAAAGCCAGGGUUCAGACAAGGCCAGUCUUCUGGAGAGGGAAUUGAUGGAGUCAAAUGCCCAGUUGGAGCAUGCAAAGGCAUCAGUUGAUGCCAUUGUUGAACAGAAGAUUAUGCUGAAAUCUACAAUAUCUGACAUGGAGCAUAUGAUUGAAGAUCUGAAAGGAAAGCUUUCUAAAGCUGAAACCAGGGCUCUAAAUGCUGAAUCAAAGUGUACAUUAUUAACUGACACUAAUUUGGAACUUAGUGAAGAGCUAUCAUUUCUGAGAGGUCGAGUUGAAAGUCUAGAAAACUCGUUACGUGAAGCCAACCAUGUGAAAAUAUCCACUGUCAAGGACAUUGGUAUCAGAACUAAAAUUAUUACUGACUUGGUCACAAAACUUGCAAUGGAAAGAGAACGACUUCAUCUCCAGAUUUCUAUGUUAACAAAGAAGAACAAGAUAUUGGCUCACAAGUGCAAAGGAAGUGUUAAGGAUGGUACGAAGUUGUACAAAAACACUACUGGUAAAGAUGUUGAACUUCAGUUCAAUAAAUUGGCUGAGGGAAUAGCUCCAGAUUUUUCAUCAUCACAAAAUGAGGUGGAGAAACGUGCAGAUUCUAUCAACGAGGAGGAAACCAAGACAGACACACGAGAGGAGGGGGACUCCUCUGGCGAUGGCACGCUGGAAGCAACACGAACCAUAAAGCCUUCGCUGCUCAACUGGAAGUACGUAGCCGUGGCAUUUGCAGCCGUGCUGGCUGCUGUCCUUGUAUACCUGCUAGUUGAAGAAGACGUCAAGGGCCGCAUGGCAUUGUGAUCUUGUUUGUGCUGUAUGUUUCAUCUUGUUUAAUUAUUCGGUGUUCCUUCAUUUCAUUUGUGUUUUGUGGGAGACGCAGUUUUGGGUGUUGUAUAUGCUAUCUUGUGCAAGCGCUGCCAGCGGCAUCCACUGUAAUUAGGUGCCGGAUACUGAUGUUCACCGGUUUGGGACUUGUGAACACCUCGUUGUGGAGGUUAAGGAAUGUCAGAUAAGUGGGUAUGAUUA